CAAAAAGAAUGACACCUGUUGUUCUUGUACGUACCUCCCUCUAUUAUAACUGAAAUUAGUAUUAAUCUAAGGUUGUCAUACUUUGAUAUGAAUGAAUUCAACUCUUGUAAACCGAUUUAGAAGCUAAAUAAACUCCAAUGAAGGAAGCACAAAAUAAAAAUACGACGAAUAUUCGUAUAUGAUGUGGAGCCUAUUCCCGCAGCAACCAACGACUUUCCAAAAAUUAUAAUUUCAACAUUUUAUUUAUUUUCACAUUUGUGAUGCAGAUAUAGUAUAUAUUAGUUGUUCCUAGAAUCCUAGGAAGACUCAAAAGGUGUAGAAACAAACAAACAAUGAACUGAGUGAGGAACAAAACAACACAACGAACCACAUCGUAUCUAUCUCAAUGGUUUCAUCAUUCAGUUUCGCACCUUUUGUAUUUCUAUUGCUCGUGAUUGGAGGCACUGCAAGGCCUUUUUAUCCACUUCCCGGUAAAGGUGAUGAUGGAAGUAGGCGGCCUCUUCAAACUUUUCGCCCAUAUAACGUUGCACACCGGGGAUCGAACGGAGAAAUUCCUGAAGAAACUAGUCAGGCAUACCUGAGAGCUAUUGAGGAAGGUGCAGACUUCAUCGAAACUGAUAUAUUAUCUUCCAAAGAUGGUGUUCUUAUAUGUUUUCAUGAUGUUAUCCUUGAUAACACUACUGACAUAGCAAAAUACAAAGAGUUUGCUAAUCGUAAAAGAACAUACGAAGUCCAAGGGGUCAUUACCACUGGAUUUUUCACUGUUGAUUUCACGUUAAAGGAAUUAAAGUCAUUGAGGGUGAAUCAGAGGUUUAGCUUUAGGGAUCAACAGUAUAAUGGAAAAUUUCAAAUAAUCACUUUUGAAGAGUUCAUUAACAUAGCAUUGGAUGCACCCAGAGUUGUUGGAAUAUAUCCUGAGAUAAAAAAUCCAGUACUUAUCAACCAGUAUGUGAAAUGGUCGGAUGGCAAAAGAUUUGAGGACAAGUUUGUGGAAACACUUCAGAAAUAUGGAUACAAGGGUUCAUACCUGUCAAAAGAUUGGUUGAAACAACCGGCAUUUGUUCAGUCAUUUGCUCCAACUUCACUUGUGUAUAUAUCAAAUAAAACGGAGUUGCCCAAGAUUUUAUUAAUCGAUGAUGUUGAUAUUCCAACACAAGACACUAAUCAGUCAUAUUGGGAAAUUACAUCUGAUACAUACCUAGACUACAUAAAGCAAUAUGUUGUAGGAAUUGGACCUUGGAAGGAUACUAUAAUUCCUGUGGUUAACAAUUAUAUGACAAAUCCUUCCGAUCUUGUUGCACGGGCACAUGCUUGUAAUCUGCAGGUGCAUCCAUACACUUACAGAAACGAGAACGAGAACCAGUAUUUGCAUUUCAACUUUAGUCAAGAUCCGUACAAGGAGUACGAUUACUGGAUCAACACGAUAGGAGUUGAUGGUUUGUUUACAGAUUUCACUGGCAGUCUUCAUAAUUUUCAGGAAUGGACCUCCCCUAAUCAUGUAGAUGACAAGAUUGAAUCCGAACUAUUACAUAAAAUUGCUUUGUUGGUAUCCCCUUAUGAAUGAUUUUGAGAUGUGGGAUGGUGUGUAGGAAGUAUGUGUUUCAGUGUUUGAAUUGACUUAUUAUGUGUUCAUAAAGCUUAUAUCAACAUGUUCAAGAGAGCAUUCGACAGAAAAGCUAUUGUGUCUAGAAACUAAGGAAAAAUCAAAUGCAAAUCUAUUUGUUUUUUCAGAUAAUGAAUUCAGAAGUUUAAAGUUGUGUUGCAA